GGGCUUUUAGCUCAAAGUGCUAAAUUGUGUUCCUUCACACCAGCCUCUGUUGGCAAACUGAGACACGGCGGUUGCCAUGGAGAUGGCUGACAUCCGCCCGUGGAGUAAACACUUUCUUUCACGACAAAAGCGGCGACAUUAGCGGUGACAGCGGGUGCUUUUGUCUCACCUUUUUCUUUCGUGCUUUUUGCUUUUUUUCCAGCGCGUACCUGUUGUGACUGACGAGUCUCCAGAUGGAAUAAAAGCCAAAGAACAACGGCGUCCCGCAUGCGUGUGUGUAUACCCGCGGGACUCGGCUGCCAUCUUGUCCAUCACGCCGCACUUGAAAUGCACGCGUCAAGGCCGUCGGCGUCAGGAAUGGCUGUGUUUGACAACUGCACCGUGCUUUUUGAGCUGAAAAACUUGUCAUACAAGGAGAAGGGGAGUGUGAAGUCGCUGGUGACCGAAAACGGAGGAAAACUUUGCUUUGUGGUGAACAAGCAAUGCUCCUUCGUGGUCGUCAGCGACGUGGCCCACCUGAGCACCAACAGGUUGCGGAGCAUCCAGAAGUACCAAACGCCAGUGGUGGGCGUGGAUUAUGUGCACACCUGUGUGAAGAGUGGCGUCCUCCUCCUUAUCGAGGACUACAAGCUGGAUGCUUCCUCGCCUUCGCCCCCCUCGCUUCCUCCAACCUUGCCCGUUCGACCAUUCCAUCAUCAAGCGCCUGCAGCCGGCGGAGCGUUUGCUGAGCCCUCGCUGGAUGAGCGCCCGCCCCCGGAGAAGAAGCGAGACAUCCUGGGCAGGUUCAGGAUUUACGAUGAGCGGGACAAAGACCUACCCGCGUAUCCGGAUGACUUCAGCGUGGCAAAAUAUUCCAUCUUCCAAAAGAACGGCGGCAGCGCUUGCUGGGUGCUGGAGCUGCAGAGCGCCAAAGGCGGGACAGGGCGGCGGUACCGGGUGGUGCGGUACCGGAAGGAAGACGCGGGGGCCGACGAAGCAGCGCAGAGGGACGCGUUGGUGUUCCCGCCCACUUCGGAGGAGGCCGUGGCGGUCUACAGGACGCUGACAGAGUCCCUGCUCGCUUCCGGUCUGAAGCCGAGGACCGACAUGCCCCCCCGGGCCAAGGACCUGGGUUCAGCCCCGCUGCGACAGCUGCUGCUGGAGGAGAAGCUGAGCGCAGGAGUCUUGUCGCACGAUGUGGGCGUCUUUGUGGAGCUGCUGUGGACCGAGGCCUUGGGUUGCCUUGGCAACAUCCUCCUCGUCCCCGUCAACACGCUCAGCCUCCAUGACGUGAGCCGAGCGGAGGGCUUGUUGAUUGAAGCUCAGAGAAACCUGAAGGAGGGGAAGCGCUCCGAAUCGCUCCAACUCCUGGCGGAGUUUUACAUCCUGCUGCCGCACAGGGUCCCCACCAAGACCGCCGACACCCGGCUUUUCUCUCAGAAGCUGGACCUGUGUCAGCUAAUCCGGGACAUCCUGAACGUGAGCGAGAUGACCAUGAGAAGCCCCGCCCCUUCCAGCGUGGGAAAGUUCCGCGCCCUGCGGUGCAGCAUCGAGGCGGUGGACCCCGGCGGCCCGGAGUCACGCACUGUGGCGUCUCUGCUGCGGGACAGCUCCGUGCAGAUCCAUCAGGUGUUACGAGUCGGCAGAGCCGUGGAGCUUCAGACUUUUCAAGUCCAGCUCGGAAAUGUCAAGUCCCUCCUCCACUCCUCCAGCGCUAGCAACUUCGUCGGGAUUCUGUCACGGGGUCUGCUGCUGCCUUGUGUUGGAGUGGAGCACCACGGCAUUGACAGAACAGACGCCGGCAGCCUUGGAAGUGGUAUCUACUUCAGCGACAGCAUGAGCACUUGCCUCAAGUACUCCAAGCCCAGCGCCACAGACGGCUCUCGGCUGCUCGUGGUGUGCGACGUGGCCCUGGGGGAUUGCCUGGAGCUCCACCGGAAAGACCCCGCACUGACUCGGGCCCCCGAGGGACACGACAGUGUGCGCGCCGUCCGCCGCACUGCCUCCGUUCACUCCGAGUUUGAGGAUGACGAGUACGUGGUGUACAGGCCCGAGCAGGUCCAGCUGAGAUACGUGGUCCGCUUCAGCGUGGACGGAGACCGCUUGGAGGAGUUCCGCCCCACUGUGGACACCUCGGCUGAGACCCGCCCCCUCCCAAGCGUCUCAGAGGUGCUGGCUCCUAAUGUCGGGAUAGAAAGCAUGAGGAACCCACUGGGAGACCUGACUGCAGGACUGCUGGGCAGCUCGGGGCAGCAGCUCCCCCUGCAGGCCGUCCACGUCAAGUGCAAAUUGGUGGAUCUGCUCUCCCAGGUCGUCGUCUUCCAAAAGUACAGCAAUCACAGCCCGGCGCCCAUCGAGGCAAAGUACGUGUUCCCGUUGGAGGACUCGGCAGCCGUGUGCGCUUUCGAGGCCUUCAUCGAUGGGAAGCAUGUGGUGGCACAGGUGAAGGAGAAAGAGCAGGCUCGCAGGGAGUACCGGCAGGCCGUCCAGGAGGGUCACGGAGCCUACCUCAUGGACCAGGACGCUCCCGACGUCUUCACCAUCAGCGUAGGAAACCUGCCGGCGGGCGCCACCGUGCUCAUUAAAGUGACCUUUGUGUCCGAGCUCAUCGUCAAGGACGGCGCCGUUCUCUUCUCCCUGCCCGGGAGUGUCGCUCCGUGGCGGGGAAGCGCAGCGCUCAACCAGACCACGCAGGUGACCGUGGACAAGGUCUGUGUGACCCACGAAUCGGCAAGUUCAAGGGACUUCAGCCUGGACAUGUCCAUCGAGAUGCCCAACGAGAUCAGCAGCCUGUCGUGCAUCACACACCGAGUCAAGAUGAAGAGGACCGACUGCAAGGCGGUGGUGAGCGUGCUGCCGGGGCAAGUCAUGGGUCCGGAUGGCUUCCAGCUGUCACUCACUCUGUCGGAGGUUCAUCUGCCCAGGAUGUGGGUGGAAAAACACCCUGACAAGGACAGCCAGGCUUGCAUGCUGGUUUUCUACCCAAACUUUGAUGUCCGACCCAGCUCCAGAUCUGAUGAAGUCGUCAUUUUGCUGGACACGUCCGAGUCCAUGCGGGGGGAACCCCUACGCUGGUCCCGGGUGAUCGCGCUGCACAUCAUCAGAACCCUUCAGCCGAGCUUCAAAGUCAACAUCGUCUUGUUCAACAGCGAUUACACGCAAGCUUUCCUGACCGCAUCGCCGCUCCAUGAGGCUGGACAGGAAGCAGAGAAGUUCCUCCAGGACGUCCUGCCAGUGGGUGGCAGCACCGAGCUCUGGCGGCCCCUGCGGGCGCUCGGCCUGCUGCCUCCGUCGCGCGGCAUCCGCAACCUGAUCCUGCUGUCCGACGGCCACCUCCAGGACGCCGACGUCGCCUUGCGGCUGCUCAGGGACAACGUGCAACACAGCCGCCUCUUUGCGUGCGGCGUCAGCCCAACAGCCAAUCAGCACAUGCUGAGAGCCCUGGCUCAGGCCGGGGGCGGAGCCUAUGAAUAUUUUGACACCAAAACCAAGCACAAGUGGGCGGAGAAGGUGGCGUGCCAGUUGCGGCGCCUGGCGUCUCCUGGCUGCAGGUCCGUGUCGGUCAAGUGGCAUCAGUUCGGCUCGUCGGCGCCGACCCCCGUGCAAGCUCCCAAACAGCUCCACGCGCUCUUCAACGACUGCCACACGCUGGUCUAUGGCUUCGUGCCGCACUGCACUCAGGCCACCCUGCUGGGCGAGCUGGGCGGCCAGGAGCUGAGAACCAUGGUGUCCACCAGCGAGCUGCAGAAGACCAGCGGCACGUUCCUCCACAAGCUGACAGCGAGGGCUGUCAUCAGAGACUACGAGGACGGCAGCUUGGAUUCCAACCUCGCCCAACAUGAGGGGAAGAAAGCCCAGCUGAAAGCGUUCAUCGUUGGUUUAAGCAAGGAGUACUCCAUCCUGUCUCAGUUCACCAGCUUUGUGGCUGUUGAAAAAAGGGAGCCGGGCCAAGCAGACGAGGCCUUCACUGACAUCCCCGCGCUGUUGGCCGAAGAAGAUGUGGACUUCCUGCCCUACAUCAGCUGGACGCCUCGUGAGAGCAGCACGGAAGAGGAAGAAACGGACGACGAUGACUCCUGGUCCGGAUCAGAUUCCUCCCUUGGCGAGCCGUCUCCCUGGUAUCAGCCCACGAGCCCCGCCUCCUCGCUGUCGUCUCCAGAAAUGUCGCCAGUCGAUGAACUUGGGGCUCGUAAGAGGAUGCAGAAGGCUGUGAUAGAGAAAGCGGCAGCUUCUGAUGAGCUGAUGGCCAAGGAGUCCAGCAAGAUGGAGGAGGUGGAGGAGCACAUGGAGUCCAGCAAGAUGGAGGAGGUGGAGGAGCACAUGGAGUCCAGCAAGAUGGAGGAGGUGGAGGAGCACAUGGAGUCCAGCAAGAUGGAGGAGGAGGAUGAAAGUGAAAUGGGAUUCGGAUUGUUUGACGACGUACCAGCCUUUGUUGAAGCCUUAUGUUCCAGAGGAAGAACCAAGCCAGGUCGCUUUACUGGAUCAUUUGCUGCUGCUCCUCGUCCUUCUCCUCCUCCUCCUCCUGGAGCCACGCAACCAGAUGUAGAACCAUUUCCACCAAGCCUGGACGUACCACGUAUCCAACAUGGCGGCUCAUUGGAGGCCUCUCGUCCACGUCUACGUGGAACUCAAAGGGAUAACAGCCUUCAAUUCGAUAUCACCCCUAAAUCCAGACCCACCCAUCCGUCCCAUGAUGCACCUCCACCACCUCCUCCUCCCCCUGGAGACACAGAUCCAAAUGGAAAGAAUUUACUUGAAGACCUCGGCUCACCAGUUCCGCCCCCUCUGCUGCCACUUCAGCAUCAAACCCUGCGACGUGUGCGUCCGAACCGUGAUGUAAAAGCUAAGGAAGCCGGAGUCCAGCAUCAGUGGGAUCCUCCUGGGAUGGAAGCUCAAGUGAAGCUCCAGCAGCAACCAGGUGGAGGAGCUGAGGAGACCAUUGAGCGCUUUGAUGGCUUUCCUGUCAGACAAACAUCAACCAGGAUGUCUUCCCCUCCCGUGGUUGGAACGCUUUUUGGCAGCAAAGCACCUUCAGGGCCUUGCCAAGGGUCUGGCUAUUCUGGUAGGGCACCAAUCACGUGUGGUCCACCAGCAGGACUUUCUCAGCUGCUUCAGUCUCAGGUCCGGUCUACGGCACCAGGUUUUUCUUUGGCGAGCCAAACUUUGGCACCAGAUUUUUCUUUGGCGAGCCAAACUUCGGCACCAGAUUUUUCUUUGGCAAGCCAAACUUCAACAACAGGUUUUUCUUUUGGGAGCAAAACUAGGGCACCGGGUUUUUCUUUGGCGAGCCAAACUAGGGCACCGGGUUUUUCUUUGGCGAGCCAAACUUCUGCACCAGGUUAUUCUUUGGCACCAGGUUUUUCUUUGGCGAGCCAAACUAGAGCAGCAGGUUUUUCUUUGGCGAGCCAAACUUCUGCACCAGGUUUUUCUUUGGCGAACCAAACUUUGACACCAGGUUUUUCUUUGGCGAACCAAACUUUGACACCAGGUUUUUCUUUGGCGAGCCAAACUUCUGCACCAGGUUUUUCUUUGGCGAACCAGACUUUGACACCAGGUUUUUCUUUGGCGAGCCAAACUUCUGCACCAGGUUUUUCUUUGGCGAACCAAACUUUGGCACCAGGUUUUUCUUUGGCGAGCCAAACUUCAGCACUAGGUUUUUCUUUUUCAAGCCAAACCUCGGCACCAGGUUUUUCUUUUGGGAGCCAAACUUCAACACCAGGUUUUUCUUUGGCGAGCCAAACUAGAGGACCAGGUUUUUCUUUUGGGAGCCAAACUUCAGCACCAGGUUUUUCUUUGGCGAGCCAAACUUCAACACCAGGUUUUUCUUUGGCGAGCCAAACUAGAGGACCAGGUUUUUCUUUGGCGAGCCAAACUUCAGCACCAGGUUUUUCUUUUGGGAGCCAAACUGCAUCCAAUCUUGCACCCAUUUUGGGAAGAAGAGCAGUCGGCUCUGCUCCACCCGACCCUGCGCCAAGACCCGUGGGACGUGUCCUCAGGCAGACAUCCUGGUCGGCAGGAGGCCAGAAUCUGGCAAAAUGGACGAAGAUCUUCGAGAUGCAGACUUCGGACGGCUACUGGGAGCUGACCACGGAGCUGGGCCAAUGCGUCAACGUCGACCUCCACGUCCUUGCCGACGACUUCCUGACGAGCAAAGGCAUCCGCUCUCUGGGCGUGAAGGCGGCCGCUGACAUCCUGAGGCUGCUGGCGACUCUUGUGGUCCUGCAGAUGAUGAGGUUGGAGAAGCUGCCGGAAGGCCGGCUGCUGCGUACGCUGUUCGCUUUGGAGGAACCGCCGAUCAGAAGCAGGCCGCCCCGCUGGCAGCGCGUCAGGACGGCGGUGGACUGGGUCUGCUGGGCCGACCGCCAGUACCCGUGCGUCUGCAGCCGGCUUGAGAUGGGCUUGACCUGGGAGUCCGUCACCCGCCAGCUGCUGGGCUACGACGUCCCGCCCGCCUUCUCGCCUCUUGCUGGCCUCAAGCUGAGGAGCAACAUGGCCGCCGCGUGCCCCCCUGUGGUUGUCCAAUGAGAACCCCCGGCAGCAUGGCGGGAAAGAAGCGCAGGUUGCAACAUCAAAAGGCUUGUUUUUAAUAUGUUCAUGAUAAUUCAUAGGUAUGUAAACAAAUUGCAGGUAUUUGGGGCCAAAAGAAGCAUUUCCGGGCAUAACCUGGACCACAUGACACAACGUUCAAAUCCAAGGCAUUCACAAAUCACAUUCAAACACCUAAAGAUACACUCUCAUACAAAUCUUUAUGCUAACUCCUCCAGGGGGCGCCGCAGCAAACCAACCUCCUCCAUCCAACCCUGGCUUCCGCAUCUGUCUCUCCUGUCCUCCUUCACCACAUCCAUGAACCUCCUCUUUGGUCUUCCUCCACGCCUCCUACCUGGCAGCAUCCUUCUACCAAUAUAUUCACUAGCUCUCCUCAUCCCAACUUUAUCUCCAAGGCUUCUAUCAUGUAAUGUCCCUCUGAUGUACUCCUUCCUGAUCCUGUCCAUCCUGGUCACUCCCGAUGUGAACCUCUGCAUCCUCAUACUGCGUCUUGCUGCGGCUAAUCUCCACUUUCUCUCUGGACUACUGCUACCAACUGCUACCAACUUCAUCAUGACUUUGCCAGGUGAGCCCAGUUCAUGAAUGAUUGAAGUUCAUGAUGUGGAACAUCAUCAUGAACUUCAUUCAUUCAUUCAUUCAUUCCAUCCCAGACAUUUCCCAAAAGCUGCCCCUCUCCGUACCGGACCUUUCUGAUGAUCCUUCAAGGUGCUAAGGCUUGAUGGAUAGUGUAGAAACCAAAAGAAGGGUUAGACUCUCAUCUUUCGGUUUCUACCCUGCCCUUUCUCUGCUUCUUAACCAGACCAACGCUUUGCUUAACAAUCAUUGGGACCUUUAAUCAACAACAAUUACGCUUACUCCAAGUACUCCACUCAUAUUUAACACAAAAUAGCAUUUGAGUAUUGUAACUGUUGUAACUAUCACUAGGUGUCAGUUGGGGUACACUGGCGACACAAUAGCCACUGCAGGAAGUACUGACCAGAAACAGGAAGUAGAAAAGGAACAGGAGCAAACAACUCUCCUAUAUUAUGUCUUAUUUUCUCUUUCUGUGUCUGUUAUAUUGGGUAAUAGGAGUGUAAAGGUGACUAUGGGGGUGUUAUUUACAUCUAGAGGGCUCUAAUCAUGUUAAAAAGUGUAUUUAGAAGGUUGUUAGCCUUCCUUUUCUAUGUCGUAGCUACCAAAUGAUUCCAUUCGGGAAUAAGGAAUCCUGCUUAGCGGAAAUAAAGUUGGGUCUGGAACCAAUUGAUCACCAUGAAGGAGUUCCACUGUCAUCUUCUUAUGAUUAUAUAUUCAUGUUUACAAUAAAAAAUCAGCAGUAAUUGUAUAAGAAUAAAGCCAAAAAGUGUCAUCUAACAGGGAAGUAGUCAUAAUUUCAUAUCAUUUAACUUGAAAUAAUAAAGAAUAAAAACACAAGUUAGUAGGACACAAGUUCUAAUAUCAGAAACCCCAAAAAUACAGCAAAUACAUUUUUUUUGGGGGGGGGGGUUAGUUUGCAGAACAGUUCUGAUAUGACCAAAAUAAAGUCUAAAUAUUAUGAGAAGAACAUUUAUGAGAUCAAAGUUAAAGUUGUGGAGGGAAAAAAUACUGUAAAAAUGGCCAGAAUACCACAUUGGUACUACAGUUCUAGGUCAGGUCUGGAUCUGAGUGGACCACAUGGGGGCAAGUCCACUUUCUAGAUAUAGUCGGGCCCUCAACCUCCAGUUGACUGCCCCCAUGUGAGUUUGAUGCCCCCGGUGUAGAGGACGAAAGGGAGUUUGUGCUAAGACCCACCCCGCACCACCUCACGCCGCUCCACGCCACACCGCUCCAUGCCACCCUAUGCCGCCCCACGCCACACCAUGCCACUCCAUGCCAUGCCACCCAACGCCACGCCUCUCCACGCCACCCUACACCACCCCACGCCACUCCAAGCCAUGCUGCUCCACACCUUUGUGUUUGCCGCGUUGCUGUCAAUCAAGGCCCCCCGCCCUCUGAAGCGGGGCCAAUCAUCUAAAGCGGCGUGGAAGUCAUGCGGACUCGCUUGCAGACGUAGCUCCCGUACUCACUGAGGAACUAAUGAGUGGAGUAGUUAUUGAGGAAAUAUGUGUGUCACAUGACAUACAUUGUUAGCUGACUCAUGCUAACUCAUUUUCUCU